GGAGGAGAAGAAGAAUAUGUACUCAAAGGAUCUCAGCUUCUUCAACCUUCCACCGAACGCCAAGGAUAUGCAUAUGAUGAUGUUGAUGACGAUGAGGAGGAGCAGGGAGAUAAAACGAGUUCCACAACCACACCCCAUUCCCGCUGCUCCAGAGGUGUAUCCACCGAAGAACUCCUUCACAUCAACACAAGUACAGUUUCGGCAGCACUUGGCGCUGCCCCUGUUCCAGGUGCUGCUACUCUGGCUGAAAAGCUGAACCACCAAGGUAAUGAGCGGAGAGUGUUAGAAGAUGAAGGAGCAACACCGAGUCGUCACUCGGUUCUGCUGCAGCUGAUAGCGUGCGGUAGCUCCGCUUUGGAGAGCAAUGUGGGGACCACCAAGAAAAGGGAGACUGUGGGGAAGUUGCAAUGUGAGGAUAAGGAAUACUUCAGUGGCAGCCUCCUCGAAUCCAUCAAAGCCCAAGCCCCAUCCCCAUCGGAGCCACAACUCACCAGAUCUAAUUCCUACGACGAACAAAGACGAAGCAGCAGGCUGGGAAUGGAAGAAAACGAGGGAGGAGAAGGAGGGGGGCUCAUCCACAAAUGCAUUCCUCGCAAGAAAUCAUCUUCCAAGUGACGCCAUCUCAAUCUCUAUAAUUUUUCUUAUUAAUUAUAAUAUACUAUCAUUUCUGUAGCUGCCUCUCAUCUGUUAUUAAUCUUAUAUGAUUGUUGCAUGUUCUUCACCAUAUCUGGCAACACCAACAACAUUCAAGUUAAGCUUCGCACCAAACUAUAUGUGAUAACUCAUCACAGACUUUGAUGUUUCAUGUAAUCUGGAAUUUCUGAUACAUUCCAUUAUUUUACAACAUAAAUAGAUCCAAAUAUAUUAGUUACUUUUCUUUUUGAA